AUAUUUCCUUUUAGUUCCAUCAAAGAAAACUAGACACUGAAGAGAGUUCAAAAAUCUUUUAGAAGAGAAAAAGAUGAGCGGCGUAAGGAAAGGGCCGCCGAAGCAUCAGAACAAAGUCGCCUGGAAACCUAACGCCGGUAUCAAAAUCAAUGAAACGGAAGUGGGUGGAAAAUUUAGGCCUCUCUCAGAAAUAACAGGAGUAUGUCUUCGUUGUAGAGAUCAAAUUGAUUGGAAGCGCAAGUAUGGAAAAUACAAAGCCAUUACUGAACCUGCUAAGUGUCAGAAGUGUUCGAAAAGAAACGUGCGUCAAGCUUACCACAAUCUCUGCAAUGGCUGUGCAAAGGAGCAUAAAGUAUGUGCCAAGUGUUCAUGUCGUGUUGGUCAAGUGGUUGGAAGAGAUGUUUCAGAAGUAGAGGCUGAGAAAAAAGCUCUUGAGGAGGCUAUCAAGAAUGCUCGAGAACGGGAUAGGCGGUCACUUCUACGAGCUGAUGUUUCUGAGAUUCUUAGCGUGCAUCUUAUGUCUAUGCAACAGAUGAACAAAGGGAAGUCACAGAGUUCAGAGAAAAACCUAAGUCAAGAUGACAUGAAAGUUGGUGAACUGAAUACAGCAUCAUCACUUGAGGAAUAUGCUAAGGUAAACCGUGAUGAUGACGAAGAUGGUGAACUGAAUACAGCAUCAUCACUUGAGGAAUAUGCCAAGGUAAACCGCGAUGAUGACGAAGAUGAUGAUGAUGAAGAAGAUGAAGGUCAAGUUAUUUGAGAUGCACAAUUUGGAGAAUAACCAUAUGGCCCUUUAUAGAUCUCCCUUCAUGGUCCAUAGUUUGAUGCACACUAGCUCAUUUGUAUUGGCAGCUUUGGAGAAAAGUAAUUUAUUGGGCAAAAUUGAUACAGGCUGUUUGGUUUGCCUCCCCUUCUACAGUAAAGGACUAAGAGUGAGAUCAACACACUAUUCCAUUCCUUUUCCAUUUCAUAUUUUCCUAGCUAGUGAAGAGUUCUGAGAGUGUAAUAUAGAGUAAGAUAGAUUCUUAAGCCAUUUUUUAAUGUAAUUCAGCUAAAAAGACAGCCUGCUAGUUGCUUCAUAAUGUGAUGUAGGAGCAUUGAUGUUUUGUUGGUCAAUUUACUCAAAUAGUAACUGGUCUUUGGUUUUUUGGAACUUUAUGGCCCAUCAAAUUAUCUCAAGAAUAAAUUGGCUGGCUGGGCGUUUGCAACUCCAA